AUGGAAAAUCCCCACGAAAAGGACCAGUCCGACGCUCUUGCGCGCAUCAUUUCUGGCGUUUCCAAGCUCAACUCGUCCAUCGCACGCGUCAACGAGAUCCAGGAAGAGGUCUAUUCACGCAACCUUAACCUCUCGGUGGUGUCUGAAAUCAUGCAGAACUACCAGGCCUCGGUGGAUUACUAUUUGCGAGAAAGUGGAGCCAUGAAAGAGCCGUUCAAGAACGAUGAUUAG